GCGUCCCGUCAUUUCCUGCUAACCCGGGGUGCCGAUAGAUUGCAUUCCUCAGGCACCAAUCUCCGCCGUACUCUGAUUUUUUUUCUUCCUUUUUCCUUUUUCCUUUCUGUUCCUGCUGGCCAGCAUGCGCAUCGUUGUUGAGCAAUGAUCUUCUCUUCUUUUUUCCCGGUGGUCCCUUUCUUUUUAUUAUGUUUAAUACUACUACUUAAAACCGCCGGGGCGCAGAUGCUGGGGUCCUGGUCUGCAAAUCCAGGGGAACUUCACGUGCGCCAGAACGGCAACGACAAGAAUGGCAACGGGCAGAAUAACGGACCGGACAACAGUGCUUUCACUAUUGUCAACGGGAGGAUAUACACUCCCGGACUUGGGAUAAUAUUGGCACCACAACCUUACACACCUGAGGGCGGCGAUUUUCUGCAGAUAGCCCUCGAUAUAUCGGGCGAUGGUAAACUUCCUGUACCACCGCGAAAUAUCGCCGACCCCCUCACCCAGGUCUUCAACUUCACCCUGUUCCUCACGUCGACGAUUACGCAGAAGAACUUUACAAUCUCAAACAUGACGACCUCGACGCCUCCGCUGGCCAACAUGCUCAACCAGGAGGCCGGGCAGACAGUCAAGCAUAUAAACUUCGAGUGGCCACAGUGCCUAGUCGGCAACAACAACGAUGACGACGGUGCAACCGCAAGGGGCGAUUACAACAUUAGCAUCCACCAAAACUACCGACUCAACGGCGUGGACCAUUACACGAUUUUUAACCUCCCAAUCAGCGUUACAAACAGCAUCCAGGCGUUCCCGGGCGCUGGCCAACUGACGACCAAGCCUGCCCCGGGCCCCCUCAAUGCAAACGGAGGCCGCAUGCCGUGCGCGAUGCUUGAAAACCCCCUGCAGGACUUCCAGGCACAAGUCAACAGCGUCAGCAACCCGUCUGGCCAGCCUAUCCGGGUCAUUCCGAUUGAGACCAGUCCAAUGAGCAACGGCGGACAGGUCGGCGGCAAUGGUCGCGGCGACGGAUCAAGCGGGUCUGGUGCCGGCGGCGCCCAGGGCAACGGGCAGGGUGAGAUUGCGCCUGGUCCGGCCACAGGCCCCGCCAACGAAGCGUUGGGAGCUGCGGUAAGGAUGUCGAGCGAGUCGCUUUCGGUUGUCAUGAUCGGCAUGCUGGGAGCGGCAGUCGUGCUGUGCACGUCUGUAAGCUGGUAGUACUAAAUCUAAGCCACUUACUUGUACACUAAUGACAAAUAAUAGCUACGCGUUUAAUCCU